GGAAGUAACAAAUUAAAUUCUACAAAGAUUGCAGUGCAUGUCGUUUACACAACUUUUAUUUAAAAAGGCACUGCUAUUGUAAGCCGAAAGUACGAAAAUGGCGUUUAAUUUUGGAACAACCACGAGUCAACCCAGUAUUUUUGGUGGCAUGAAUCCGACAACGUCAGCCACAACGGGUUUCACUGGUUUUGGAGUGACAACCUCUGUUGCUGCACCGUUUGGCGGUUUUGGAACAGCAACAACAUCGGCAUCCGGCUUCACUGGGUUUGGAACAACCAACACAGCGACUGGCUUUACUGGUUUUGGAGUACCAACUACUACAACAACAGGUUUCACCGGAUUUGGAGUAGCUGCAACAACAACUGCAAGCACAGGGUUUACUGGGUUUGGCACUGGAUUUGGGACGGCUGCUGGAACUGGUGCUGCAGGUUUCGGAGCUGGAUUUGGCAAAACGGGAACUGGAUUUGGUACAGGCACAACUGGAUUUGGUACAGGUACAACUGGCUUUGGAACAGGCACAACUGGAUUUGGAACAGGUGCAACUGGAUUUGGAACAGGCACAACUGGAUUUGGAGCACCUGGAACUGGGUUCGGACCAUCAAUGGGUACAGCAUUUGGCGCUGGAACCGUAGCAGUCCAGCAGCAACAACAGCAACAACAGCAACAGCAGCAGCAGAAUGAACUGGCCAGCAUGGCGAUGGCCGUGUCAUUGCCUCAGAUCUAUGGGGAUGAACGCGACACCAUCAUCGCCAAGUGGAACCAGCUUCAGGCUUACUGGGGAACAGGCAAAGGUUUCUUUAGCCAAAACGCAGCCGUGAUGUUCAAACCAGAUAAUCCUUUUUGUCGAUUUAAGGCCAUUGGGUACUGUGUAAUUCCAACAGGAAAGAAUGAAGACGGCCUAGUGGCUUUGAUAUUGAAGAAAAAGCAGUCUGAGGUAUCGGCUGUCCAACAGCAGAUAGUGGACACUCUACACAAGAUACUCGGAAGCAAACCUACUCUCUCCAUUUGUGUCGAAGGAGUCCGCCCAAUACCAGAAGACAGGACAGAGCUUGUUAUUUACGUGUUAGAAAGACCAGCAUCAGGACCCGCGAAACGUGUUCUGUGUGCAGAUUUGACCAACUUUCUGAACCAGCCAAACAUAAAAAACCAGCUCAGUACACAGUUAACAGUGGACAACAUCGUGCCAAAGAUGGGCUGGUCCAAGGAACAGCUGAAGGAAUACCUAGACAAACCACCUGCAGGUAUUGAUCCAUUACUAUGGCAACAAGCAAAGUUAGAUAAUCCCGAUCCAGAAUGUCUGAUUCCUGUGCCAAUGAUUGGCUUCAAUGAAGUUCAGCUGCGACUGAAACACCAGGAGGAACAAACGAGACUUCAUCAACAGAGGCUCGACGUCAUGGCUGAGGAUUUGACUGAGCUGCAGACUAAACAUAGCAAUAUGCUGGCAAAAUUAGAAGAUUACAAACGGAAACAUCUUGAACUCGGUCAUUCACUCCUGCAGGCUAUAGUAAAACAGGAGAUAUAUAGGAAGAUGGGCUAUGCAAUUCAGGCUGAGGAAGAACAGUUGAAGGUUCAGCUGGAAGCUUUGCAGACAGAACUCAAUCAUCCAACCCAGUUCAAGGGUCGAUUAAAUGAACUGAUGUCUCAAAUUCGCAUGCAAAAUCAGAAUUCUUCUCAGCGACCCGAGAACAGUUACCAAAUGGACCAAGAUCUUCAGAGUGAGAUGAAACAGAUGUUGAAACAGCAGCAUGAAGGAUUACAACAUCUAAUUGAGAUCAUAAAACAUGACUCACAAGAUCUUCAGUUAAUAGAACAAGGCCUAAAUGAAUCAGCAAUAACUCGAAGAUGAAAUAUGCCAAUAAACUGUUUAUUAAAAUGAAGUUUCGUGUUCCGGACCUGGCUGGAUGUCAAUUUUGUAACAUUUCUGCACUGGGAUAAUUUUAAUUAUUGAUGCAGUUGUGAUGUCAGGUACAAAAAGUUGUGAGAGGUCAGUUCUGAAUUCUGAAAAUACACUGUUGUUAAACUAAUACUGGAGUAUUUUUACAACAAAUGUGAGAAGACAAAUAUUGAAAUGGUACAAAGACAGACCGAAAUAUCAACAGUAAUUCAACCACAUGGUUAUGAAUUUAAAUGAGAUUACCAAGAACAAUAUUCAUAGUACCUAUAAGAAUGUUGGUGCUCUUUGUUAACAGAGUUAUUUCAGAAUGCUGUAUGUAAAAUGUUUCAGAAUGAACAUUUAAAAUAAAAACAUUAUUUUAA